UUUUGACAGUUUGGUAGUUAAUGUUUGAGAAUUAUAGAUUUCCAUUUUAUUUUAAUUGUAUGUUAGUAUUGAGAGAAACUUGUGAUAAAAAGUUUUAUAAUUAGAAUUCACAAUGGACGGAAAGGCCACGAAAAUGCCUAAAGUGGCUAAAGUCAAAAACAAAGCUCCUGCUGAAAUACAAAUUACAGCAGAGCAACUAUUACGGGAAGCUAAGGAACGAGAUUUAGAGAUCUUACCACCGCCACCAAAACAAAAGAUAUCCGACCCAGAAGAGCUUAGAGACUACCAGCAUCGUAAACGAAAAGCAUUCGAGGAUAAUAUACGCAAAAAUAGACAAGUAAUAGGCAAUUGGCUUAAAUAUGCCCAAUGGGAGGAGUCACAGAAGCAAAUACAGAGAGCCCGUUCAAUUUACGAGCGAGCUUUGGAUGUGGAUCAUAGAAAUGUUACUCUGUGGCUUAAGUACACAGAGAUGGAAAUGCGUAACAGACAGGUGAACCAUGCUCGUAACUUAUGGGACAGAGCUGUUACAAUAUUACCAAGAGUGUCCCAGUUUUGGUAUAAGUAUACAUACAUGGAAGAAAUGUUGGAGAAUGUUGCUGGUGCCAGACAAGUAUUUGAGCGUUGGAUGGAAUGGCAACCAGAUGAACAAGCUUGGCAAACAUACAUCAAUUUUGAAUUGCGUUACAAAGAACUGGAUAGAGCAAGACAAAUCUAUGAACGAUUUGUCAUGGUUCAUCCUGAUGUAAAGCACUGGAUAAAAUAUGCAAGAUUUGAAGAAAAUCAUGGGUUCAUCAACAGUGCAAGAAAAGUGUAUGAAAGAGCAGUAGAGUUCUUUGGAGAUGAAGAAAUUGAUGAAAGAUUGUUCAUAGCUUUUGCUAAAUUUGAAGAAAAUCAAAAAGAACAUGAUAGAGCAAGGGUCAUAUAUAAAUAUGCUUUAGAUCAUAUUCCAAAAGAUAAGAACAAAGAAUUGUAUAAAGCAUACACAAUCCAUGAGAAGAAAUAUGGAGAUAGGUCUGGAAUUGAAGAUGUAAUAGUUAACAAGAGAAAAUAUAUGUAUGAGCAAGAAGUAAUAGAAAAUCCUACAAAUUAUGAUGCUUGGUUUGACUAUAUACGCCUUGUUGAAAAUGAAGGAAAUGUGGACGAUGUACGGGAUACCUAUGAAAGAGCAAUAGCUAAUGUACCACCAUCAAAAGACAAACAAUUCUGGAGACGAUAUAUUUACUUAUGGAUCAAUUAUGCUUUGUAUGAAGAGUUAGAAGCUGAAGAUAUUGAAAGGACCAGACAAGUGUACAGAACUUGUUUAGAACUCAUUCCUCACAAAAUAUUUACAUUUUCCAAAAUAUGGUUAAUGUAUGCACAACUAGAAGUAAGAUGUAAGAACUUAAAACAGGCUAGAAAAACAUUGGGAAUGGCAUUAGGGAUAUGCCCCAGAGAUAAGUUAUACAGAGGAUAUAUUGAUUUGGAAAUCCAAUUACGAGAAUUUGAUAGAUGUCGAAUAUUGUACCAAAAGUUUCUUGAAUAUGGACCUGAAAAUUGUAUAACAUGGAUUAAAUUUGCUGAAUUGGAGACAUUGCUCGGCGACAUUGAUAGAGCUCGAGCCAUCUAUGAAAUAGCAGUCUCCCAACCACGAUUAGAUAUGCCAGAGUUGUUGUGGAAAAGCUACAUUGAUUUUGAAGUAUCCCAAGGCGAAACAGAAAAGGCUAGACAACUAUACGAAAGACUAUUGGAAAGAACUGUUCAUGUAAAAGUUUGGUUGUCAUAUGCUAAAUUUGAACUUAAUGCAGAAAAUCCAGACAAUAUUAAUGUUGAAUUGGCAAGAAGGAUUUACGAACGUGCGAAUGAUAGCCUUCGAAGUGCAGGAGAAAAGGAAUCAAGAGUUCUUCUUUUAGAAGCCUGGAAAGAUUUUGAAGUGGAAAUUGGUGAAGAAUCAAAACUUGAAAUGGUGUUGUCCAAAAUGCCUAGGAGAGUCAAAAAGCGACAAAAGAUCGUUAGCGAAACUGGAGUGGAAGAAGGUUGGGAGGAAGUAUUUGAUUACAUAUUCCCUGAAGACGAAAUGGUCAGACCGAAUCUUAAAUUGCUUGCAGCCGCUAAAAAUUGGCGCAAGCAAAAAGAAGUUGAAGUUGAACCAACAAAUAAUACAGAGGAAGGCCAAGAUGAUGAGUCACCUUGCACUCCAGAAUUAGAUGACGCAACUAAGUCUUGAAAGAAACAAAUAAAUUUGUAUGGCAAUGUAUGAUUAUUUUUCUUUAGAUUUCCUGUUAAAUUGCAUUUAGACCAGAAUAGUAC